GUCACGUGAUCCCUUUCAAAGAUGGCCGCCCUGUUGUUUUGAUGAAUAAUACUUGGUGGGGCGAGGGGGUAAGAGUAGGGUUGGAGGGGUAGGAGGUUUUACGCUUACAGCGAGCGCUUCGCCAGUCCCAUCCCUCCCCUCCCCCUACCAAGGUUCUUGCGUGGAGGCGGGGCGAGCCUGGCCUGCUUUUAGAGGGGAGGGGCUUCCCGGUACGGUGCUGGGCUCUGCCUUGGCUGCUGUAGGGUCGCAGCGCCUUGGGGGCAUCCACUGUGCAGUAUAGCCGUUCCCGCCAGGGGCCAGGGGUGGGACCCUGAGCAGGGUCUGCGGGAGAAAAACGCAGCUGCCGCGUCACCGCCACGAAGACACGGCGCGCAGCGGGCACGAGCCGAGCUGGAGACCGCGCCGCCCGCUCUGGGUAACCUGGGAAGCUGAGGGGAGUCAGUGGCGCCUGGAGAGGACCCUGUAGCAGUGGCCGUGGCCAGAGGCGGCAGCUCUGGGCGCUUGCAGCUGGAGAAGCCUAGGGCAGUCCGAGUGACCGAAGCCAAGGCGAUUCAGUGCCUCGUGUUCUUAGUUUUUAACCUCUGACUAUGCAAUUCUGAAACCUCCCCCAUUGGGGGACCAGACAGCCGGAUAGAUACCUUCCACUCUCCUUUGCUCCCGCCCUGGUCUCAAGAACUGAAGGAUCUCUCUAACGCCUUUCACCAUUAAGAGGAAAGCGAUGGAGGAGCUGAGCGCUGACGAGAUUCGACGGAGGCGCCUGGCACGACUUGCUGGUGGACAGACCUCCCAGCCGACCACCCCGCUUACAUCUCCCCAGAGGGAGAACCCUCCAGGACCUCCAAUAGCUGCAUCAGUCCCAGGCCCCUCCCAGAGCCUUGGUCUCAAUGUCCACAACACGACCCCAGCUACCUCCCCCAUAGGUGCAGCAGGAGUUGCCCAUCGGAGCCAGAGCAGUGAAGGCGUCAGUUCUCUUAGCAGCUCACCUUCCAACAGCCUUGAGACGCAAUCUCAGUCCCUCUCACGUUCCCAGAGCAUGGAUAUCGAUGGUGUCUCCUGUGAGAAGAGCAUGUCCCAGGUGGAUGUGGAUUCUGGAAUCGAGAAUAUGGAGGUGGACGAGAACGACCGAAGAGAAAAACGGAGCCUGAGUGACAAGGAGCCUUCUUCAGGUCCUGAAGUGUCUGAAGAGCAGGCCUUACAGCUGGUCUGUAAGAUCUUCCGUGUCUCCUGGAAGGACCGCGACAGAGAUGUCAUCUUCCUUUCUUCUCUCUCUGCGCAGUUUAAACAGAACCCAAAAGAAGUGUUCUCUGAUUUUAAGGAUCUGAUUGGCCAGAUUUUAAUGGAAGUGCUGAUGAUGUCCACUCAGACACGAGAUGAAAAUCCGUUUGCCAGUCUGACGGCCACAUCCCAGCCCAUCGCCACGGCAGCUCGGUCACCAGACAGAAACCUCAUGCUGAACACAGGCUCCAGUUCGGGGACAAGUCCCAUGUUCUGCAGCUUGGGUUCCUUCAGCGCCAGCUCACUCUCCAGCCUCUAUGAAACGAGCCCCGCCCCCUCUACCAGUCUGUGGAGCUUUGUGCCGGGGCUCAGCCCGUCCUUUGCCUCACCUUCCCACACAGCCCCCGCCGCCAGCCCUCACAGUUCAGCUCCUCAGGGGGCUGUGGCUUCCCAGUCCCUCAGCCCUCAAAGUGCAGCCACGCAUCCCCUGAGUCCCCACAGUGUCGCCCCACAGGCGGCUGUGCCUUCCCCGUCCCUCAGCUCCCACAGCACAGCUUCUGUCAUUGCUACCGGAAGCCAGCCGUCAUCCCCGAGGUAUCGGCCCUACACCGUCACGCACCUGUGGGGGUCUUCACCUUGCCCCACUCCACGAUCCUCCAUUCUUGCUAACCCCCCAGGCUUCCCUGCCCACUCAAGUAGUCCCCGGGCAGUACCUGCCAGCUCCUCCAGACAGAGGCCCCGCAGCAGGGCCCCCGCCUUCCCACCCGCCUCGCCCAGUGCUGCCAGCAGACGUCCCUCCUCCCUGCGGAUCUCUCCUAGUAUGUACGACAGUCCUUUCUCCUCCCUCUUCCUCGCACUUUCUGGGGACAGUAGUGAAGAAGAAGAAGAAGAAGAUGAGGAGGAUGAUGAUGAAGGUGGUGGUGAUGAUGAUUUUUCUUGUGUCCAGUUUGGGUCCAGUUUGGGAGCCUCUGGUGGAGCAAGUACCUGGGAUUCUUACAGUGACCAUUUCACCAUUGAAACCUGCAAAGAGACGGACAUGCUGAACUACCUCAUCGAGUGCUUUGACCGAGUUGGAAUAGAGGAAAAAAAAGCACCAAAGAUGUGCAGCCAGCCAGCAGUCAGCCAGCUUCUGAGCAACAUCCGCUCGCAGUGCAUCUCCCACACCGCGCUAGUGCUACAAGGGUCCCUCACACAGCCCAGGUCCUUGCAACAGCCAUCCUUCCUCGUGCCGUACAUGCUCUGCAGGAAUCUCCCGUACGGCUUCAUUCAAGAGCUGGUGAGGACCACUCACCAGGAUGAAGAGGUGUUCAAGCAGAUCUUUAUCCCCAUUUUACAAGGCCUGGCGCGUGCUGCCAAAGAGUGCUCCUUGGAUAGCGACUACUUUAAGUACCCCCUCAUGGCACUGGGUGAACUCUGUGAAACCAAGUUCGGGAAGACACACCCUAUGUGCAAUUUGGUCGCCUCCUUACCCCUGUGGUUGCCGAAGUCCUUAAGCCCUGGUUCUGGGCGGGAGCUGCAGAGACUCUCCUACUUAGGGGCCUUCUUUAGCUUCUCUGUCUUCGCAGAGGACGAUGCAAAGGUGGUUGAGAAAUACUUCUCAGGGCCUGCCAUUACCCUGGAGAACACCCGUGUGGUCAGCCAGUCACUACAGCAUUACCUGGAGCUGGGACGGCAAGAGCUUUUCAAGAUUCUGCAUAGUAUUUUGUUAAACGGCGAAACUCGUGAAGCAGCACUCAGUUACAUGGCAGCCAUUGUCAAUGCCAAUAUGAAGAAAGCGCAGAUGCAGGCAGAUGAUCGGUUGGUGUCUACAGACGGGUUCAUGCUGAAUCUCCUUUGGGUCCUGCAGCAGCUAAGUACAAAAAUCAAGUUAGAAACGGUCGACCCCACUUACAUAUUCCACCCGAGAUGUCGGAUCACUCUGCCAAACGAUGAGACACGGAUAAAUGCAACGAUGGAGGAUGUGAACGAGUGGCUGACAGAGCUCUAUGGAGAUCAGCCUCCAUUUUCUGAGCCAAAAUUCCCUACAGAAUGCUUCUUUCUCACCCUGCACGCUCACCAUCUCUCUAUCCUGCCUAGUUGUCGUCGCUACAUUCGCCGGCUCCGAGCCAUCCGUGAGCUCAAUAGAACCGUGGAAGAUUUGAAAAAUAAUGAAAGCCAGUGGAAAGAUUCCCCACUGGCCACCAGACACCGCGAAAUGCUGAAGCGCUGUAAAACUCAGCUUAAGAAACUGGUACGGUGCAAGGCCUGUGCUGACGCUGGCUUACUUGACGAGAGCUUCCUAAGAAGAUGUCUGAAUUUUUAUGGCCUUCUCAUUCAGCUGAUGCUGCGCGUCCUGGACCCUGCAUAUCCUGACAUAACACUGCCUUUAAAUUCAGAAGUCCCCAAGGUAUUUGCAGCAUUGCCUGAGUUUUAUGUAGAAGAUGUUGCUGAAUUUUUAUUUUUUAUUGUACAAUACUCUCCUCAGGUGCUUUAUGAGCCCUGCACUCAGGACAUUGUGAUGUUCCUCGUUGUGAUGCUGUGCAACCAGAACUACAUCCGAAACCCUUACCUAGUGGCCAAGCUCGUGGAGGUCAUGUUUAUGACCAACCCCUCUGUUCAGCCGAGAACUCAGAAGUUUUUUGAGAUGAUUGAGAACCAUCCUCUCUCUACCAAAUUGCUGGUACCGUCCCUCAUGAAGUUCUAUACAGACGUCGAGCAUACUGGAGCCACCAGCGAGUUCUAUGACAAGUUCACAAUUCGCUAUCACAUCAGCACUAUUUUUAAAAGCCUUUGGCAAAACAUAGCUCACCAUGGCACCUUCAUGGAGGAGUUCAAUUCUGGAAAGCAGUUCGUUCGGUAUAUCAACAUGCUGAUAAAUGACACGACCUUUUUACUGGACGAAAGUCUGGAGUCUCUGAAGCGGAUCCAUGAAGUGCAAGAGGAGAUGAAGAACCAAGAGCAGUGGGACCAGCUGCCCCGGGAUCAGCAGCAGGCCCGGCAGUCUCAGCUUGCUCAGGACGAGCGUGUUUCCCGUUCCUAUCUCGCCCUGGCGACUGAAACCGUGGACAUGUUCCAUCUCCUCACCAAGCAAGUCCAGAAGCCGUUCCUGAGGCCAGAACUUGGUCCCCGGUUAGCAGCCAUGCUGAACUUUAACCUGCAGCAGCUCUGCGGGCCCAAGUGCCGGGACCUCAAAGUGGAAAACCCAGAGAAGUACGGUUUUGAGCCAAAGAAGCUGUUGGACCAACUGACGGAUAUCUACUUACAGCUGGACUGUGCUCGCUUUGCUAAAGCCAUCGCUGAUGACCAGCGAUCCUACAGCAAGGAACUGUUCGAAGAAGUCAUUUCAAAGAUGCGGAAGGCAGGAAUCAAAUCCACCAUCGCAAUAGAAAAGUUUAAGCUUCUUGCAGAGAAAGUGGAGGAAAUCGUGGCAAAGAAUGCUCGGGCGGAAAUAGACUACAGUGACGCCCCGGACGAGUUCAGAGACCCUCUGAUGGACACCCUGAUGACUGAUCCCGUGAGACUGCCCUCUGGGACCAUCAUGGACCGUUCUAUCAUCCUGCGGCAUCUGCUCAACUCCCCCACCGACCCCUUCAACCGCCAGAUGCUGACUGAGAGCAUGCUGGAGCCAGUGCCAGAGCUAAAGGAGCAGAUUCAGGCCUGGAUGAGAGAGAAGCAGAGCAGUGACCACUAAGUGUCCCAUCCCAUCGCAUCCUCAGCUGGAAGCCGCCAGCCAGCCAGCCAGGCCAAAGCAGCAUCCGCCUCGAAGCUGCUUCCAACCAGAUGUGAGCAGAUCCUGAGAACCCACCCCGAGUGACCAAGCAGUGGAGAUGGAGGGACAUGACAGAAGAGGAUUCCUGUACAUAUAUUUAAGUGACAACAGUCAAGCUUGAGGGACGAAUUUUCCAUGGCUUGUGUAGUAAAGCGCGCCCUUCGCCUGUCGCCCCUGGGGCUGCGGCAGCGGAAGUGUUUAGUGACGAGUGGGUCUGGGCAGCUUCCCCUGAGCUUACGUUUUUGUUUUGUUUUUUUCGAUGUGACUAGAGAACUCGGACAUUUUGCUGCUAAAGAAUCUCCCCUCCCUCACCCACUGGCACUGCUGUGGGAUUUUUAAAGAGACACAGACCCAGACUCCUUUCCCGGCCCUCCAAACAUGUAUUCUGUGAGGUAACUGUGCCUGCGACGAAGUGUUAACCUGGGGAUCGUAUUUUUAUAUCAUAUUCACAGACUUGUUUUUUUAAUUGGUGUUAGAUGACAUGAUUAAUAAAAAAGGCAAGAUAUUUUCAGAAUUUGAAUUUCAGGUUUUUUUUUUCUUUUGAAAUAGCCCUUUAAAUUUUUUUAUUAUAAACAAAAUGAAGAGAACCCUGUGGGCCUGGUCCUUCUACCACCCCUCAGUUAUGAUCCUGAGAAGCAGGUGCGACAGCAGGCUGGCUGGAGUGAAUCAGGACUCGUGUGACUUGUGGGGUUUGGGGGAGGUGAGGGUUGUGUUUUGUUUUCUGUUGGUUUUUUUUUUUUUUUUUUUUUUUUAAUCCUAUGUGACAAUUCCAAUCCUAAGCCGUUAUCCUCUGAGGAUGAAUAAGUUCCUCAACCCUGGGUUCUUUUGUAUGCUGUGUCCUUUUGGGGUUUGGCCUUACCAAAGCAAAAAAAAAAAAAAAAAAAAAAAAAAAAAGGGUGCAAGAAAUGUGGAAAUCUGUCUGCUUGUUUACAUGCCCGGACAAACACCACCACGUAACCACGUAGGCGCACUCGAGCAGAAGUACUACCGCUCCCUACGCAACAUACUUGAAUUCUUAAAUUUCCUUUGGGGUGAAAAAGGAUUUGAAACCAUAAAGUGUUUUAAAGAAAUGAAAUCUUCAGAAACAUACUUUUUCUCCUCUUUUCCUUCCUCCUCCUCUUCACAGUCUGUGCUCUGUUCAGUUCCCAACACAAACGACAAUAAACGGUGAUGCCCAUUCAGAAGGAA